AUCGUAGAUUUUAAAUCAAAUUUGUUUCUUAUUUUCACCCAGGUAAAGACCGUUAUUAAAUCAUAUACUGUCAUUCAUUUUCUGCCAAACGUACUGGUAUUUUAAAAAACAAAACACGUUGCGGUGACGCCAGCGUUUAAAGCAGCAAAUCAAAAGCGCUAAAAGGAAACAGAGAUAACGGUAAACACAAUACCAUGGAUGUAUAAACCUGACAUAAGGCCUGUUAGUGUAACUUAAAAAUCAGCCGAUACAGCCUAACAGACGCUGUAAACAAACAAACAGCCAACUCGUCAGUGAAGGAAAGACACGGCAUGACUGGAGGAUAAACCCAGAACAACACGGUGCCUGCUGCUGCACGCGCGCUGUCUUCAUGGGUUCGGUUGCUCAGUGAUAACGGACAGUAAUCUGGCCGGAGGUUAACGGUUGUUGUUGUUGCCAUGGCGAGGUCAGCUGCUGGUUGCUGUCGUGGCUCUCUGGGCUUUUUAUAGUCCUACUGGACAGUUCACCUUCUGUAGGACAAACCGAAGACAGCGCGCGACCUUGGAGGACGUUGCCAUGGAUUUAACGCGGCUGGCUGUGGAUGCGGGUCAGUUCAUCAACCGGGCCGUUCAGUACACGGAGGAGAGUCUCGGCCAGGCGGAGAAAACAGGGCUGAACUCCGGGCUGGAGGAGCGCCUGGCCCUGGUAGAAGCCACCAAGACCUGGACAGACCAGAUCAUCUCCCAGACUGAGGUUCUACUGCAGCCCAAUGCAGGAGCCCGGUUGGAGGACCGGCUCUAUGAGCAGCUGGACUGGAGCGUGCCCCCUCGGCCUCAUGCUCAUGAGGUCCUGGGAGACCACAUGACCCAGGCUGGGCUGGAGAUGGGGUCCAACACACCCUAUGGAACUGCACUGCUCAGGUUCGGAGAGACUCAAAAACGGCUUGGUGAGAUGGAGAGGAAUUUGGUCCAAAGCACCAACAUCCACUUUCUCACCCCUCUGAGGAGUUUCACUGAAGGAGAAUACAGAGUCAUGCAGGAUGAGCGCAAGAUGUUGGUGAAUAAGCGUUUGGACCUGGAUAUAGCUAAAACCAGACUGAGAAAAGCCCACGAAGCCGACAGAGAGGGCAGAGUGAGUAACGAGUCUUGACCUUCACUUAUACAG